AUGGCAUCAGAUCCGCUCUAUGCUCUGAUCGAAGUGUUUAACGUUACCACGGCUUGCGUGAACCAAUUUCUCAAUCUCAUCGAACACAAAUUAGCCGGACUCCCUGAUAACGAGCACUACGAGGAUUUUGACAUGCUCUCCAACCUAAGAUACAGCAAAGAUAUAUUGUAUCGACAGCAAAGGCAACUUGAACAGGUCAGUGCCUGGCUGAAGCUUCAUCAGCUUCUUGGUCGAAUUGGCUGGUGGACUACCAGCACGGAAGACCCCAAAGCAUCUCAGCCGGCGAAGUCUUUCCUUCGGCGAUAUAAAUAUCUGCAGACACGUGUACAAAAGUUGCAGGCGCAAUAUCAGAAUGCCAUCUCGAAUCUUAUGAACAACAUCAACUUGAAGAAGGUCGAGAAUGCAUCUGAGCAAUCCAAGCGGAUCGGCAAACUCACCUUUCUGGCCUUCCUGUUUGCACCACUUUCCUUGACUACAUCCUUCUUCGCCAUGAACAUAGGCCUGAUGAAUCUUAGGCUCAAGACCUGGCUCGCGGUGACGAUUGGACUGUUGAGCAUAACAUUCUUCCUCAUGGUUGUAAACUUCUCGGGCUGGAUCAGGCUUCUGCAAAAUAAAAGGCGCCAUACAACGAAGAAAGCACGAUAUCUUUGA